GAUAUAACUCAUCCAUGGAUCCUCUUUGUAACUUCUCAUUACUUUCCAACAAUAUACACUCUUCCAACAUCACCAAAACUUCCAUCCGCCACAAUGUCCGCUGUCGUUCCCUUACUCCCGCUUGGCACCAGCCUAUCACUAGGCAACAAGCACUACAAACCCCAGUACAGCCUCGAUGAUCUCAUACAAGACAUCAAGAUCUACCUAGGCGAGAGUGGCGGUAUUUCUUCGGCAGACGUGGACAACGAAUAUCUGAUCUCGUUGGCGCAGAAGUAUAUUUCUGAUCCGAACGACUGGGCCCGCUUUUUCUACAACGACACCAGCAAGAAUUACACCCGAAAUGCUAUUGAAAACAUUAACCAAAAAGCAAAUAUUCUCCUCCUUGUAUGGAACCCCGGGAAAGGCUCCCCCGUCCACGACCACGCCAAUGCACACUGCAUCAUGAAGGUCUUAGCUGGCACGCUACAAGAGACCAUCUACAAGGUCCCCAAUCUGGACUCUGAUCUUCAUGGUCCGUUGGAGAUCAAGUCUGAUACGAGGCAUACCAUGAAUGACGUCGCCUAUAUCUCGGAUGAUAUCGGGCUACAUCGCGUUCAUAACCCGAGCAGUGACCAAGUUGCUGUCUCUCUUCACUUAUAUACCCCGCCUAAUGCUGCCGACUAUGGAUAUAAUAUCUACAACGAAGUGACAGGCAAAGCGAGCUUUGUACAACAGGCUCAAGCCGUUCCUCAGAAAGAAUGACAGCAUCAAAGACGAGACAAGGUGGUGGCCUGGUUCGAUGUAUUCCUUAAUUCUUUUUUUUUUUUGUAUGCGCCGUUAGCCUGUCAGAUACCAUGAUAUUUCAUUUCGCUCGGCGCUGGCGCUGGCGAGGCUGUUUUGCUGAUUUACUUAAGAUUAUG